CUCAGGAUCAACACGUGAAUGCACCAAAAGUUAACUCUGCAGAGUUGUGACACUUACAGACAUGGAGGAAAAACAGAGCAGUGCGGACACAAACUUCUCUCCAGACCCUGGAGGGGCAGGAACAGAAAAAGAUGCCCCUUGUGACCAAAACCCAAAGACGAUCAUCGGCAGACAGAUGACAGAGCAGAGCCGCUUUGCAUUUGCAGCACUGUGUGGCGUCUCUUUGGGCCAGUUGUUCGCCGGGUCUGAAAACGGGGAGUUUAGGAAGCAGUACCUACAGGGGCUGGUUCAGUGGCUGGACCUGGAUGAGUCUGUGAUGCCGGUCAUGGGGGCUUUCCUGUCAGGGCUCGGAUUCGAGGGCUCUGACACCUUCCUCUCCAUCCUCCAGGCUGAUCCACUGCUGGCUUCAGGAGCCACUCCAAUCAUACAGGAUCUGGUGUCCUUCUCUGUCAAAGAUGGCCAGUAUGAUGCCAGAGCCAGGGUUCUCAUCCGUCAUGUUAGCUGUUUGCUACGAGUCUCUCCACGGCAGCUGGAGGAGUUUGAGGCGACGCUGGGAGAGAGGCUGAGGGAAGCAGGGGAGGAGAGCGAAGAGGAAUCAUCCAGGCGGCUGAAGAGGGAAAGAGGGCGGAAGUUACGACGUUACCUCCUCAUUGGACUAGCCACAGUGGGUGGAGGAACCGUGAUUGGUGUGACAGGUGGACUGGCGGCCCCCUUGGUGGCUGCAGGAGCGGGGGCCGUGCUGGGGGCGGGAGGUGCUGCCGCCCUGGGCUCGGCCACUGGGAUUGCGAUAAUGGCCUCUCUGUUCGGAGCAGCAGGCGCCGGACUCACUGGUUACAAGAUGAAUAAGUGUGUUGGAGCAAUAGAGGAGUUUGAGUUCCUGCCCUUGACCUCCGGCAAGCAUCUUCACCUGACCAUUGCAGUCACAGGUUGGCUGUGUAAUGGUAAAUACAGUUCGUUCCAGGCACCGUGGUGCAGCUUGGGCGAGUGUGGAGAACAGUACUGCCUGGUGUGGGAGUCACGUUUCCUCAGGGAUCUGGGCUCUGCCAUGACCUCUCUGCUGGAUGGGCUGGUCAGCAUGGUAGCUCAGGAAGCUCUCAAGUACACUGUGCUCUCAGGUAUUGUGACAGCUCUGACGUGGCCCGCGUCGCUGCUGGCAGCAGCCAGCGUCAUUGACAACCCCUGGUGCGUUUGUCUGAACCGCUCGGCUGAGGUGGGAAAACACCUGGCGCAGGUUUUGAGAAGUAGGCAGCAGGGAAAGAGACCUGUCAGCCUUAUAGGUUUCAGCCUUGGAGCGAGAGUCAUCUACUACUGUCUGGAGGAGCUUGCCAGAGAUCAAGGAAGUGAAGGUAUGGUAGAGGAUGUGGUGCUUCUGGGGGCUCCAGUGGAUGGCUCGGAGAAGACCUGGGAAAGAAUUGCAAAAGUCGUGGCUGGGAAGAUAGUGAACGGAUACUGCAGAGGGGACUGGCUCUUGGGGUUUUUGUACCGUAGCUCAGCUGCACAGCUGUCUGUUGCCGGGCUACGGCCAAUCAACAUCCAGGACCAGAGAAUAAUCAAUGUGGAUCUCUCCUCUGUGGUCAAAGGUCACUUGGAUUACAUGCGUCAGAUGGACACCAUCUUGGUGGCAGUGGGAGUUCCCACCAAAGUAGUCCCAGGAGCCGCCUUUGCUCUCCCUCAUCCUGUAACAGAGGGGACCAUGGACAUCCCUGACCAAACCACCAAAGGACCACACCUGAACACGACCCAGAUCCUUGCUGAGAAUGCAGAGACCUGCUCACAAGACAGCACAGACUGCAGAGGAGCGGCAGACCCAGAGGAGACGGGCGACGGCUGGGACAUCCCUGACAUUUCAGAUCUACUGGACACGUUAAACGAGUCAGAAGCAGACGGUCAGACCCCAGUCGGGAACAGUGGGCCGCUCACUAAUGACGCCCCGUCUCCAGAUCUGAAUCGGCAGUGUGACAGCGAAGAGGAGGCUGACCCGGUGGCUGAGGACGUCUCAUGGAGCUGGAACGACACACACUGGACUGCAGAGCACUCACACAAAUGAGCCGAACUCCUUGUUGCAGGACCAGCUGCUUCCUGAACAAUUCUCAUCUUCUGAGUUUUUUUUUACAGCAUCAAAGCGUCAUCUGAGAAAAUAUUUAUUUCAUCCCCAGUGCGAUGACGUGUCAGAGACUGUCAGCCUACACAUAUGGCAGCUUUAAAAGAGAAACUGGAGUUAACUGCUCUGCUUCACGUCCUCCAGUUUUGUUGUAGAUGUUCUGAAGUGUUCAUCUGGUAAUCAUGUCAAAGUCUCUUUUUUCCCACCUGUGAAUCUCAUCUUUCCUUCAGACCCCGCUCCGGUUUAAAUGAAUGCUACCAGAUAGGUGACAACUCUGCUCCUUUCGUCCCACUUAUUUUUAUCUGUUGGCUCGGUUGCUAUGGAUAUCAUCACAACAAUUUGAUUUCCAUAAGGGUGGAGGCAGUUGGGCAAACGUGUUGUUUUUCACAGUAUUUUUUUCCCAUCUUCCUUUAUUCUGUUCCACCCGUCGGAAUGUGAUAUGCUGGCACUGAUAACUCAAAAAGUCCUCGAGCUUGAAACUCUGUGACAUGUGAAACAAUGUAUUUUCCUUCUUCUCUGUCUAGCGCACAGUGGAAGAAAACCUAGAUUCGGAGAUUGUCUGACUUUAUGUAUCUUUUCUUCAAUAUUCCUUCAGCUUUAGUAACUUAUGAGACUCAUUCUCAGCACAAACCCGAUUAAACUUAUUUGCAGGUUAUAUUCCUACGAUUAUUCAGUCGAGGGUGUCCACCUGAUUGGGGAGAAGCAGAGGCAACUCGAUCCCAGCGUGCUCAGCGUCCAGCAGGUUGACAGCAUCCGUCGCAGUGGCGG